GCCUGCGCUGGUAGUACAAUUUCCCGUUUUGUGACGAGUUUUUGGGGCGGAUUCAGUCGGGGUGUACCACGAGAUGCAGUUUUAUUAGCCAAGUAAUGAUAUAUCGAGGAAGAAAUCUUGUCCAGAAUGAAUGAAUCCAAACAUUAUAGUUGUGUACUGUGCAAAAGACGUCAUACCCAAAAGGAAAGGAGAAAAGUUAAUGAUGAAACAAGAAGGCUCUUAGAAAAAUAUUUUGCAAUUUUUGAUAUCUCGGAAUCAGCCGUGAUAUGUAACAAAUGCUCCCAUCUUUGCUACAAGAAGAAGCAAAAUAUAAACACAAUAGCACAAAGUCAAAGAUCUGUCUCAGAUGUUUAUAAUCCGCCCGUGAAGGUACCAAGGCCUCAGAAUCCAGACAGAAGUCCACCGUCGGUGACACUAGCCAUUCCGAGCACAAGUACAAGUCAUUCAUACUGUUUUGUUUGUAAGAAGCCUGGACCGAAGUUAAUUGUUGCUUCAACAUAUGCUAGAUUUAGGGCCUAUAUUCAAUGUGAAUUAUUUGUCCAAUCCGGGUCAAGAUGCUGUCCAUGUCAUAUUGAAGAUGGAAUUCUUUCAAGAGAUGCCUUGGAAAAAGUAAAAGCCACCAAAAGUUCUUGUCAUCUGAACAGAACAUCGAUACUUGAGCUUCUACAGCAGGCCAGAGAGGAAGUCCUUAAAAAGGAGGGUAAGCGAGUUGACUUCGAUGAUCCCACAUGUUUGAGUGACUCUGACUACCACAACUUAACUGGACUCACUAAGGAGCAGUUUGAUGACGUCUUCACUCAUGUGAACAACAUUAGGCCCACAAAGACGAGGUCAAUCCGUACCUGCUUAGUCAUCCUUCUGACAAAACUACGCUGUGGAAUGGACAACCAAAUGCUCGGAACUAUCUUUAAUAUGACAAAAUAUCAGAUUCGCAGGGCAGUACAGUCUGCAAGGAAGGCUCUUAUGUCAGACUUCGUCCCGAGGAACAUUGGAUUUCCCCACAUCACCAGAGAGGAGAUUAUUAAGACCCAUACAAGGCCACUUGCACAACAUCUACUUUCAGACAUAACAACUGCCCCCGCAAUACUGGUGCUGGACGGAACUUAUAUAUAUAUCCAAAAAAGUGGAAACUACACCUUCUCCAGACGUUCCUUCAGUAUGCAUAAGCGCCGGCCGCUUUUGAAGCCGAUGAUGAUUGUUUCAACGACAGGAUAUAUCGUCAGUGUCCUUGGCCCAUACCUAGCGGAUCCAAAGAAUAACGACUCCUCUAUUCUGAACCAUUCCAUUCUUUUGAAUACCGAGGAAAUACAAAGAUGGAUCAAGGAGGACGACAUCUUUGUGGUAGAUAGAGGAUUCCGUGACUCAGAAUUAGUUUUAAACGACCUUGGUAUUCGGAUGGAGAUGCCUGCGUUUAUCCCGAAAGGCCAAAAACAACUAUCAACGGUGGAGGCAAACAACUCCAGGCUCGUUACAAAAGUAAAUGAAUGA